ACUGCAGGUCUAAACCCCCAGGGAGGUCAUAUAACGCCGUGAAGUUCCAGGCUGAGCAUAAACCCAAGGCUCUGGGGGACAGCCGGGGUGGCUUGAUGCACUCCUUAACAUCCCUGGGCACCAGAUGCAGAAAGGGGAUCUUCUUUAGGGGUGCUACCCCUGGAGCGGGUGUGGUGCCCUAAGGUAGUAGGGAUGGAAAUAGCAGUUUCAUCUACACUGAUGGCGAAGACCUGGACGCCCCAUCCAUCCAUCCUUUCUCGGGUUCUCAGGCUGAGGCAGGGUUCCGUCGAGCACGCGCGCUUGUGCUCGCCCUCGCUCCUGGGCCGAUCCGUCGUGAGCGCGCCGCCUCUUCCCUCCCCUCUGUGCCCUUCGCCCCGCCCCCCUCGGGGGAGCCCGGGCUGCAGUUGGGGGUGUCGGGGCGGAGCGCCGCCAUCUUAGUGCAGCCGCUGGGGCGGAGGGAAGGAGGCAGGGAGGGAGUGCGAGGACGCGCGCGCGCGCGCGUGCGGGGCUCAUCGUCACGGCGACGGCGGCGGUGGUGGUAGCGGCAGCGGCGGCUCCUCCGGCGGGACCUCGCCCUCGCCCCGAGAAGGAACCCGAGCCCAAGUCCGAGCCCGAGGCCAAGCCCGAGCCGGCACUGCGGUCGCUCCACUCAGCCUCCUCCGCCGCAUACCGCGGGCGGCUCAUGGUCGGCGUUUGAGCCGCCGCCGCCUCAACCCGUCCCCCGACGCUCGGCUCGGCCCGGCCCGGCCGGGAGCCCCCGAGAUGCUGCCGCAGCAGCCGCCGCCGCCGGAGUCUCGGCAGCCGCAGCAGCGCAGCCAUCGCCGCUCCCCGCCCGCCGCCUCCUCCUGGCUCGUGACGGCCACCGCGCUGCUCGGGCUCUGCGGCGGGGGCUGGGCGGCGCGAGUUAACAAGCACAAGCCAUGGAUUGAAACGACAUAUCAUGGUAUAGUCACAGAAAAUGACAACACAGUGCUUUUGGAUCCUCCUUUGAUUGCUCUGGAUAAAGAUGCACCCCUACAUUAUGCAGAGAGUUUUGAGGUGACAGUCACCAAAGAAGGUGAGAUAUGUGGAUUUAAGAUUCAUGGGCAAAAUGUUCCCUUUGAUGCUGUGGUGGUUGAUAAAUCCACUGGUGAGGGCAUAAUUCGCUCCAAAGAGAAGCUGGACUGUGAACUUCAGAAAGACUACACUUUCACCAUCCAGGCCUACGACUGUGGGAAGGGACCGGAUGGAGCCAAUUCAAAAAAAUCUCACAAAGCAACAGUACAUAUUCAGGUGAAUGAUGUGAAUGAAUAUGCCCCUAUAUUUAAAGAAAAAUCCUACAAAGCCACAGUUAUUGAGGGGAAGAAAUAUGACAACAUUUUAAAAGUGGAAGCAGUGGAUGCAGACUGUUCCCCUCAGUUCAGCCAGAUCUGCAGCUAUGAAAUUGUAACUCCAGAUGUGCCCUUCAUCAUUGAUAAGGAUGGUUAUAUCAAAAACACUGAGAAGUUAAGCUAUGGGAAAGAGUCUCAGUAUAAGCUGACAGUUACUGCAUAUGACUGUGGGAAGAAAAGAGCUACUGAAGAUGUGUUGGUCAAGAUUAGCAUUAAACCUACAUGCAAGCCUGGGUGGCAAGGAUGGAACAAAAGGAUUGAGUAUGAGCCCGGUACUGGUUCUUUGGCUCUUUUCCCCAACAUCCACUUGGAGACUUGUGAUGAACCUAUCACCUCCAUCCAAGCAACAGUGGAGUUAGAAACCAGCCACAUAGGAAAAGGCUGCGAUCGGGACACCUACUCUGAGAAGUCCCUUCAUCGGCUCUGCGGUGCAUCCUCUGGGACUGCUGAACUUCUUCCUCCUCCAAGCAGCACCCUGAACUGGACCGUGGGCCUCCCCACCGAUAACGGCCACGACAGCGACCAGGUCUUUGAAUUCAACGGCACCCAAGCCGUGAAGAUUCCCGAGGGCGUCGUCACCGUGAACCUGAAAGAGCCCUUCAUGAUCUCGGUGUGGAUGCGGCACGGGCCGGGGGGCAGGGACAAGGAGACGAUCCUCUGCAAUUCAGAUAAGACAGAUAUGAACCGGCAUCAUUAUUCUCUCUAUGUACAUAACUGCCGAUUGGUUUUCCUCUUCCGUCAAGACCCUUCAGAAGAGAAGAAUUACAAACCUGCUGAAUUUCACUGGAAACUGAACCAGGUGUGUGAUAAAGAGUGGCACCAUUACGUUCUCAAUGUGGAAUUCCCCAGUGUGACGCUGUAUGUCGAUGGCGUGUCCUAUGAUCCCUUUCCAGUGACAGAAGAUUAUCCUCUUCACCCGUCCAAGAUAGAAACUCAGCUGGUGGUUGGAGCCUGCUGGCAAGAGUAUUCAGGAAAUGAAAAUGACAAUGAGACUGAGGCUGAGGCAGUGACUGUGACCUCUGCAGGGGGUGAGCUACACAUGGCCCAAUUUUUCCGAGGUAAUCUGGCUGGCUUAAUGAUUCGCUCUGGGAAACUGGAAAACAAAAAGGUGAUAGAUUGUCUGUACACCUGCAAGGAAGGACUAGAUUUGCAAGUGACUGACAGCAAAGGCAUGAAGGUCCAAGCAAACCCCAGCCAGUCAGUGCUGACCUUGGAGGGAGACGAUAUCGAACAAUUCGAGAAGGCCAUGCAGCACAUUUCCUACCUGAAUUCUCGACAGUUCCCCACUCCGGGAAUCCGAAGGCUGCAGAUCACCAGCACCAUCAAAUGCUUCAGUGAGGAUGCCUGCAUGUCAGUCCCUCUUGUGGAUGGCUAUGUAAUGGUUUUACAGCCCGAGGAACCCAAAAUCAGCUUGAGUGGGAUUAACCAUUUUGCUCGGGCAGCUUCAGAAUUUGAAAGUGCCGAAGGGGUUUCCCUGUUCCCAGAGCUUCGGAUCAUCAGUACCAUCACCCGGGAAGUCGAGCAAGACGCAGAUGGAGAUGAGGAGCCCACAGUUCAAGAGUCACUGGUGUCCGAGGAAAUCAUGCACAAUCUCGACACGUGUGAGAUCACGGUGUUGGGCCAGGAGCUUAACCAAGAUGAGGAAAGUUUGGAAGUGGACACGGCUCGCCUGCAGCAGAAGGGCAUUGAGAUGAGCAGCUCCAGCGUGGGUGUGAUCAUCACAGGUGUGGACACCAUGGCCAGCUACGAGGAGCUGCUGCAUCUGGUGCGCUACCGGAACUGGCACGCCUCCGCAUCUGGCUUGGACAGGAAGUUCAAGCUGGUGUGUUCCGAACUGAACGGGCGCUACGUCAGCAACGAAUUCAAAGUCGAGGUGAGUGUCAUCCACACGGCCAACCCCGUGGAGCACGCUAACCAUAUGGCCGCCCAGCCUCAGUUUGUCCAUCCCGUGCAUCACUCCUUUGUCGAUCUGUCUGGCCACAAUCUCGCAAAUCCCCACCCGUUUUCAGUGGUUCCCAGCACGGCCACUGUUGUGAUUGUGGUGUGCGUCAGCUUCCUGGUUUUCAUGAUCAUCCUGGGAGUGUUCCGCAUCCGGGCCGCGCACCAGCGCACCAUGCGGGAUCAGGACUCGGGGAAGGAGAACGAGAUGGAUUGGGAUGACUCUGCCCUGACCAUCACAGUGAACCCCAUGGAGACCUAUGAGGACCAACACAGCAGUGAAGAGGAAGAGGAGGAGGAGGAAGAAGAGGAAAGUGAGGAUGGGGAGGAAGAAGAUGAUAUCACUAGUGCCGAGUCUGAAAGCAGCGAGGAGGAAGAAGGGGAGCCCGAGGAAGACCAGCACAACGUGAAUCGACAGCAGCAGCUAGAAUGGGACGACUCGACCCUCAGCUACUGAGCCCGUCGCUCCUGCGACCUCCCCUUCGGCUUUAAAGACUCGCUCUCGUCCCCCCGGUGUACAAAAUCAUUGUGGCCCGUCGGCCAGUGGCUCCCCUGCUGACCCUCCCUGCCCCCGCGCUUGCUCCUGAGCCCCCUUAGGCCCCUCCUUCCCGCUGACUGGAUGGGGCGCUGGGCCCUUCUCACUCAUCCCAGCCCCGCUUCCCUGGCGGGCACACGGGUGUCCGGGCCCACUCUUCUCCUGCAGUGGUCUUGUUGACAAGGGGUAAACACUGCUCAUUCCCACCCAGUGAACAUACUUUUUCCUUUUUUUAAAAAAGUUUUAUUUUUUUCCAAAUUAGUGCAUGUGUAAAGGUGGCCAGGAGAGUCCUUGUGUAGAUGAUUAACUGACUUUUGGCUAUUUUGUAAAUAAAUUGAGAUUCUGUUCUAUCUUCGUUGUGACAGCGUAAACAAGCAGGGCCUGGGGCUUAAGGCGAGGGGCAGGGGCUGGGGAAGAAGGAAGACUAGAUAGAGGCCGGGCCCUGCCUGGCCAGGACAGCUCCAGGCUGGGUCCCCAAAGCUCUGCCGCUGCCCAGGGUGCUGGAGUGUCCCUUUGGGAAGGAAGCCUUUCCUCUCCUUUGGAGGAUGGGCCGGGUGGGCUGCAGCUGGGAUCCCGCCCUUAUUUGACACACCCUGCUAGACCUGUAUGUAGCUCCUUGUACAGUAACCCGGACUCCGGUCCUAGGCCUUUGUUUCUCUUUCAUAAAUGUCUUUCUCCCCUGCUGGUGACAUUAUAGAACAAGUUAUACAAACUCAUUGUGCAUCCAGUUUAACCGUGGUUCCUAGCUGGCAGCAAACUUGGGCCCCCGUGGAUUAGAGCACAAGCGCCAGAACAAGCAGCCUGUGGGGGCAGAAACCCGGCCCAGAGGGGGAGGGCUCCCUUGUUCCGGCAGCCAGGCAGGCCCACCGUCCCGGGCCUCCUUGGAGUUUGUCCCCGUGGCCGUGGUGCCAGAUCUGUUCGCAAAGGGCCUAAAACCCAGACCAACACUUUUUUAAAAAAGAAAUUUAAGUGUAAAAUUUUAGAUUUCUAAAAUGGGGCGGGGGGUGAUUUUGACUACUUUUCUGUGAUAACCCUAUCUGCUAGUUGUAAGUAAACUGGGGAACUUCUGUCUGACGGUUGUCCUGUGUUACUGUUGAUGUGUAGACUUUCCUUCCAUAUACUUGUCACUGUAGCGGCUGUAUUUAGACUUCAACCGAUAGCGGUAAGAUCCCGACUGACUGACUGACGGGGAACCUUUCGGAUACUGUCUGUAACUGGUCGCCUCUCGUUUUUCAGAUGUGUAUAUUGGUGAAAGGUCAGUUCGGAAAGACUGUAAACAACAAUAAAUUUCUGAUUCUGA